AUGUCGGACCGAAAAAUCGGCCUGAUAGAUGCGUCUGGCGAGUUCAAAAGACAGGCGACAACCUUCCGCGACUUUGUAUCUAAGGACCCAAAUUCCAGAUUUCCGGCGGAAAAAGGCAGAUAUCAUCUCUACGUCAGCUAUGCUUGCCCUUGGGCCCACCGAGCAUUGAUCGUAAGAAAGCUGAAAGGCCUUGAAGACAUUGUUUCAAUGACUUGUGUACACUGGCACAUGGGAGAGAAAGGCUGGCGGUUCGUCACCUCCGCUGAGAAUCUCCCAGGCGAGAAUGUAACACCAAACCCAUUACAUCCAACUUUCACCCACAUCCGGGAACUAUACUUGUCCAUCAAUUCAGACUAUCAGGGCCGAUUUUCGGUACCUCUAUUGUGGGAUAAAGCUACUCAGACCAUUGUCAACAAUGAAUCCGCCGAAAUCAUGAGGAUCCUGAAUUCCGAGUUUGACGAGCUUUUACCAGAGGCAUCGAAGUCUAGAAAUCUCAAUCUCUUACCGAAAGACCAACUGGACUUGAUUGAGGCCUGCAAUCAGUGGAUUUAUGAAGAUAUAAACAAUGGCGUAUACAAAGCUGGCUUCGCCUCAACGCAAGAAGCCUAUACCCGGAGCGUAACAAAACUUUUCGAAUCGCUCGAUCGGGCUGAAAAGGAUCUGGCAGGGUCAGCUGGUCCGUACUAUUUCGGCGAGAUGAUUACUGAGACCGAUAUCAAACUCUACACUACUCUCAUCCGCUUUGACCCAGUUUAUGUCCAGCAUUUCAAGUGUAAUAUUCGAGAUAUUCGAUCUGGAUAUCCGAAUAUUCACAAAUGGAUGAGAAACUUGUAUUGGAAUAUCCCUGCCUUUCGGGAGACCACCGAGUUUGAACAUAUCAAGGACCAUUACACGAAAAGUCAUAAGCAAAUAAAUCCGUCUGCAAUUACCUCGCUUGGUCCUUUGCCGAAUAUAUUGAAUCCGGGUCAGGAGGUUGCCGCGGUGCGAGGAACAUAA